GAACCACGUCAGAAUCCAGGAGGAAUGAGGGGUAACUCCAUCCACACAACAAGCAAGGGCAUAAACAAUGACGUGUGUAAAGAAAUACACUAUCCAGUUGGUAAGGUAGGAACGUUCCCCUAUGUUAUUAUUUCUUUGAGUACUUGUAUGAAGUAUAUAAUUUUCUGCCCUCUCAUUGAAGUUACUUUUAAGCAAUUCCGAGUAUGCCACAGUGUUACUACUCACAGUGCAACAACAUAAUAAUGCACCGACAUGCCAUGAUAUUGCUCUGAAACAUAGAUAGAACAACUUCUCUCCAAUGGCUGGCGUGUUAUCACAUUCCGCAAUGGAACUAGAAAAGAGAUCAAUGCUGACCAGAACUCAGUAAGUCACAUUCUUCAAUGGAGAUGUCAAACACAUACUGGCAGAUUUUUUUCACCUUAUUAACCAGUAACGUGAAAGGUCCUUAAACUGGACCUCAAGUAAAGCAAGUGGCAAUAAACAACACAAGUACAUGGCGAAACAACAUUCAAAAUCUAAGCAAGAAACAACAGAAAUUAUAACUUAUUUACCGGAUUUGCAAAGUAGAACUUUUGGUUCAGUAGAGCAUAAAGUAUGGCUAUAGUGCAAACUUCUAUCUUAAAUUGUUAUUGAGGACACGUGAAUGCUAGAUGUGGGACCAACAACAUGUGCAAUAAAUACUGGAGUGAAAAGAAAUAAUAUACAUUGGGUAGGUAGAAUUCCAGGUUGGGAAAGUUGUGAGUCCUAUGUCGUCUUGAGGACUAUGCCAGUAUUUAAACUGUAAGGAAUGCCUUAAAGCUGGAAUCCUUAAUGGUGAAACAGCCAUGUCCGUUUGGGAUAUUACAACAACAAAGAAGUUACUGCAAACAACAAACACUUUUUUUUCCCUCUGACAUCAUUUCACACGCGAUAGAACAGCAGAAUAUGUAUUGCAAUUUUUUUACCACGCAGCCAGACACUUCUCUUCUCCGUUUCAUCAACAAAACUAAAACAAUAACAAAGGAGCUGGGGGUAUACAGUGGCGCUGUUUCCCCAAAUGCGGAUUAGAUCUUUAAAGAGAUGUGCAUUUUCAUAACUUGUACCCAUACCACAUACCCAACUGGUUUGGAGGUCCUGUAAUUUCCAAACAACCAGAUGGAUGAUAUUUUUUAAGAAAGCUCUAAUCUGAUAGACAUUUUCAGAGUGACCAGGUAUAGACACAAAUACCACAAAAUGUAUUAAUUUGUUUUCUGUUGAGAAACACCACCCUGAUGGAAAGAGGGGGAGUACCUCUAUCCUGAUGGCAGAGAGGAGAGCAUCUUCCCAGAUGGAACAGUGGUCAAUGUGAUGUGGUGGUGUUGAAGGAGUCAGGUGCAGGAGGGUAAAUCACAGAAAAACAAGCUUUAAUCCGCAAAAUACAGGUUUACGCAGAACUGCGUCAAACACACUCCAGGGCACAAAACAGGUGCACUGGAAAAUACAAGGCACACGAGAAAAUACUCCCGUCGAACAAAAUACACGAGCUCCACCGAGCUUCACUAACCUUCACAAUAAACAAUCACCCACAAGGACAAGGGGGCAGAGGGAACACUUAUACACUGACUAAUUAGGGGAUUAGAACCAGGUGUGUGUGAUAACGAGACAAGACAAUUGUGAUGAUGAUUGGGGCGGCAGUGGUUAGUACUCCGGUGACGACGAACGCCGAAGCCGGCACGAACAAGGAGGGGAGGCAGGCUCGGCCGAAGUCAGUCAAGUUCUCAGAGUAAGACACACAUACUUAGCUCUAUUUUAUGUAGGGUAAAAGUCUUAACAGCUGCUGCAUUUUUGUACACUGAACCAAAAUCUAAACUCAAGUGUUGGUCCCAUGUUUUGUUAGCUGAAAUAAAAUAUCCCUGAAAAUUUCCAUUUGCACAAAAAGCUUAUUUCUCUCAAAUUUUGUGCACACAUUUCUUUACAUCCCUGUUAGUGAGCAUUUCUACUUUGCCAAGAUCAUCUAUCAAGAAGCUGAUUAAACAGCAUGAACAUUACACAGGUACACCUUGUGCUGGGGACAAUAAAAGGCCACUCUAAAAUGUGAAGUUUUAUUACACUACCCAAUGCAACAGAUGUCUCAAGUUUUGCGGGAGCGUGCAAUUGGCAUGCUGACUGCAGGAAUGUCCACCAGAGCUGUUGCCAGAGAAUUGAAUGUUAAUUUCUCUACCAUAAGCCGCCUCCAACAUAAUUUUAGAGAAUUUGGCAGUACGUCCAACCGGCCUCACAACCGCAGACCACAUGUAUGGCGUCAUGUGGGCGAGCGGUUUGCUGAUGUCAACGUUGUGAAUAGAGUGCCCCAUUGUGGCAGUAGGGUUAUGGUACCGGCAGGCAUAAGCUACGGACAAUGAACACAAUUGCAUUUUACCGAUGGCAAUUUGAAUGCACAGAGAUACCGUGAUGAGAUCCUGAGGCCCAUUGUCAUGCCAUUCAUCCACUGCCAUCACCUCAUGUUUCAGCAUGAUAAUGCAGAGCCCCCAUGUCGCAAGGAUCUGUACACAAUUCUUGGAAGCUGAAAAUGUCCCAGUUCUUCCAUGGCCAGACAUGUCACUCAUUGAGCAUGUUUGGGAUGCUCUGGAUUGACGUGCACGACAGCGUGUUCCAGUUCCCGACAAUAUUGACUGAUUUUCUUAUAUGAACUGUAACUCUUUGAAAUUGUUGAAAUUGUUGCAUGUUGUGUUUCAAUUUUUGUUCAGUAUAUUUUGUGUGUGUGUGUGUGGGGGGAGAAAACAGUGGAGUUCAACAAUGGCCAAAAAGAGAUCCAUACGUCCCGCUAAAAGCAGAAGGAAUACCCUGAUGGAACAGUGAAGACAGUGUAUUCCAAUGAAAGGCAAGAGACAAUGUUCCCUUCAGGCAGAGUUCGCAUUAAGGACAAGGAUGGCCUUAUCAUAAUAGACAAGAAAUGA